GAACAUCAGCCGCCAAGGCAGUUUUCGCAAAGGCCACGCGAAGAAAGAAAGCAUCUCAGAUCUGGCGCAGCAGGAGCUAAAAUCGCUCUUCAACAAAACGAAGAAAUCCAUCAGUUCGGCUGCUCAAAGAGGCCGCGAGCGCUUCAGGAAAUACGAGCAACAGUUGGCGAAGCGUAGCCAAUCGGCGCCGCAGAAGUUCGUCGAAGAGUUGCAGGAGAGUUUGGAGAAAGUCCAGCACAACGACGCGAGUUUGAGGAGGAAAUACUCCGAUUCGGAUUUCACUGUUGCAUCUAAAGCGGCCUUUGAACUAAGUCCGCAGAUGCAGCUGCAGCUGCUGCGCCAAAGAAAACCCCCGCUGGCUUCGGCCAAAAUCAUCGAGGUUCUAGACGCGAAAACUUGCAGCGUGGUGCAGCGGAAAUGCAUCGCAGCCUCUGGAAAAACCAAGCAAGUCGUUCUGAGCAGCUUCAGAACCUUGUCCAUAAGGGAACUGUUCCGGAACUACCAAAUCCACAAAAGACAGUUCCAUCGGGAGUACAAUCAAAUCAAACGCACAUUCCGUCGAUGCUGUUGUGAACUGUUUUUGAUCAUGGUGUUUUGCGGCUUGGGAGGCCUCAUGUUCAAAUUCACUGAGGGCACGUUCGAAACGUACUACAAGUGCGGAGUUAAGAGAGUGAAGCGAGACUUUAUCGACUUGUUGUGGCUGAAGAGCCACAACUUGAGGGAGGACGACUGGAAGUCCUUGGCCAGGAGCAGGCUGAGGAAGUUUGAGGAGGAGCUGCAUAGCGCGCAUGAGGCGGGCAUGACCGAUUACAGUGGCAUGCGAUCUUGGAGUUUUUUGAAUGGGAUUGUUUAUUGUUUGACGAUUUUAACUACCAUCGGCUAUGGACACAUGUUUCCCAAAACUCACACAGGAAGAGCCCUCACCAUCGUCUACGCCCUGAUAGGAAUUCCACUUUUCCUGAUUGCCCUCACUGAUUUCGGGAAAUUAUUCACCAGAGGCAUCAAGUUCGUGUGGUCGUUUGUCCGCCGCCUGUACUACACUGGGAGUUGCCGAAAAGUGCGGAAAAAUGCCAAUAUGGACGACAUUUUCAAAGGCGCUCAGAACCUCUACGACUACGCCACCUUCAAAAGACCCUCACUGUUCGACCCGACCAGCCCCAUGCCGCCCGAAUCGGAAAGCCAACAGCAAACGGAGACGCCCACCACCCCAGCGAUUUCCAACUUUGAAAUCGACGACGAAUUCAACCUCCCCAUCUCCGUAGCUCUUUUCAUCCUCGUUUCGUACAUUUUCUGCGGCGCCGUCAUGUACAUGGUGAUCGAAAAAUGGAACUUCUUCGAAGCCUUUUACUUCGUCUUCAUUUCCAUGUCCACCAUCGGCUUUGGCGACUACGUUCCUCGCGAUCCUGUUUUCAUGAUCGGCUCCAUCAUCUACCUGGUGUUUGGGCUGGCUUUGAUGUCGAUGUGCAUCAAUGUGGUGCAGGCCAAGCUGAGCGACACUUUCAAGCAGGCGUCUUCGAAGAUCGGAGCCACCAUUGGUCUGGAGGUGGACGAGGAAGGCAGCGUUAUCAUGGCAGCUCCGGAGAAUAUCGAAGAAAUCACUCCUGUGAGGGUGGAGAUUGCCAACGAAGUAGCCGAGGCGAAAUGAGUGGGUUCUUGAUUGGUCAAUAAAUAUUUUAUUAUUUAAAA